UCUCUUCUUCACCUCCUUCACUGCUCGGGUUCGCGGUCCAAGUGUGUCUGUGGUGUGUCUGGGUGCUGGUUGGUGUGCGGCGAUCUCACGGAACCAUGCCCGAGGUCGUGGAUACCUGUUCUUUGGCCUCACCGGCUUCCGUCUGCAGGACCAAACACCUCCACCUGCGCUGCAGCGUCGACUUUGCUCGCCGGGCGCUGACCGGGACCGCCGCGCUCACCGUCCAGUCCGAGGAGGACAAUCUGCGCAGCCUGACCCUGGAUACAAAAGACCUCACAAUAGAGAAAGUGGUGAUCAAUGGGCAAGAAGUCAAGUACACGCUUGGAGAAAGACAGAGUUACAAAGGGUCUCCAAUGGAAAUCUCGCUCCCGAUUGCUCUGAGCAAAAAUCAAGAGGUUGUUAUAGAAAUCUCUUUUGAGACAUCUCCAAAGUCGUCCGCUCUGCAGUGGCUCACACCUGAACAGACUUCUGGAAAGGAACACCCCUAUCUCUUUAGUCAAUGCCAGGCCAUCCACUGCAGAGCAAUUCUUCCUUGCCAAGACACUCCUUCUGUGAAGUUAACCUACACCGCAGAGGUGUCUGUCCCAAAAGAACUGGUGGCACUUAUGAGCGCUCUUCGGGAUGGAGAAUCACCUGACCCGGAAGACCCAAGCAGGAAAAUAUACAGAUUCAACCAAAAAGUUCCCAUACCCUGCUACCUGAUUGCUCUGGUUGUUGGAGCGUUAGAAAGCAGGCAAAUUGGCCCAAGAACUUUGGUCUGGUCUGAGAAAGAGCAGGUGGAAAAGUCGGCUUAUGAAUUUUCUGAGACCGAAUCUAUGCUUAAAAUUGCAGAAGAUCUGGGAGGGCCGUAUGUAUGGGGACAGUAUGACCUCUUGGUCCUGCCUCCAUCCUUCCCGUAUGGCGGCAUGGAGAACCCUUGCCUUACUUUUGUGACUCCCACUCUCCUGGCAGGUGACAAGUCACUCUCCAAUGUUAUUGCACAUGAAAUAUCCCAUAGCUGGACAGGAAAUCUAGUGACUAACAAAACUUGGGAUCACUUUUGGUUAAAUGAAGGGCAUACUGUGUACUUGGAACGCCACAUUUGUGGACGAUUGUUUGGUGAAAAGUUCCGACAUUUUCACGCUCUGGGAGGAUGGGGAGAACUACAGAAUUCGAUAAAAACUUUUGGGGAGACCCACCCUUUCACCAAGCUGGUGGUGGAUCUACAGGACGUAGAUCCGGACGUGGCCUAUUCCUCCGUUCCCUACGAGAAAGGGUUUGCUUUGCUCUUUUACCUUGAGCAGCUUCUUGGAGGACCAGAGGUUUUCCUAGGAUUCUUAAAGGCUUAUGUUGAGAAAUUUUCCUACAAGAGUAUAACAACGGAUGACUGGAAGAAUUUUCUCUAUUCCCAUUUUAAAGAUAAGGUGGAUAUUCUCAAUCAAGUUGACUGGAACACCUGGCUCCACGCUCCUGGGCUACCUCCUGUCAAACCCAAUUAUGAUAUGACUCUGACAAAUGCUUGCAUUGCCUUAAGUCAAAGAUGGAUCACUGCCAAAGAAGAGGAUUUAAGUUCAUUCAGUGCUGCAGACCUGAGCAAUCUUUCCUCUCAUCAGUUGAAUGAGUUUCUAGCACAACUGCUCCAGAGAGCACCCCUUCCAUUGGGGCACAUAAAGCGAAUGCAAGAGGUGUACAACUUCAAUGCCAUUAACAAUUCUGAAAUACGAUUCAGAUGGUUACGGCUCUGCAUUCAAUCGAAGUGGGAAGAAGCGAUUCCUUUGGCUCUAAAAAUGGCAACUGAGCAAGGAAGGAUGAAAUUUACGCGCCCUUUAUUCAAGGAUCUUGCUGCCUUUGACAAGUCCCACGAUCAAGCCAUCCGUGCCUACCAAGAGCACAAAGCCAGUAUGCAUCCCGUGACUGCGAUGCUGGUGGGCAGAGAUAUAAAAGUGGAUUAAGGGCCUACCUGUUUUUGAUUUCAAAUAAUUCUGAUUUUUUAAAAGUUGAAUCCAUGAUGAAAUAUGAAAUAAUAUUAACUAUAAGAUUUCCGCUGUCAUUGUAAUUAAACAUGUUUUGUUUUUUUA